CGCCUUCUCUCUGCGCUUGCGCUCUUCCUCCCUGAAGACCCCAGUGAGCACAGACCUACGACGCACCGACAGCAGCGCGGAGCGGCCGUCUAUCCUCAGCGCGCGACCAUUCGCGACCAUUCAUAUGAAUUGGGUGUGUGACUUCACUUGAUGUCGGCUCCCUCAGGGGUGGGGGGGGUUUGCGCAAUCGAAACCCAAUAGCGACAGUUGAGACCUCCAACCAGAACCCACGUCUCCGAUCCCCCUCAUUUACAGGAAGGGACCUGCUGCCAAGAUGGAGGGCGUAGCAGUGGACAACCUAAUAGACUUUGACCUGCCCACAGCUCUCAGCAUAGAUGGAGGCAAACACCACGGACAUACCGACCUUUUCUCCCCAGAGCAGGCGCCCUCCAUGGGAGUCCAUCAGCAGCCUUUACUGCCACAGCCCAUGGCGCCUACCAAGCCCAGCUCCCACCACCACCACCAAGACGGAGACAACGACAGCGAUGCCACCGAGUCGGCGGACAGCGAGAACGACAUGGACCCGCCCUCUCACAUGUGGGAGCUGAGGAGGUCGUCAUCGUCGUCCGCUCACAGUGGAGAGGACGCCGACAGCGAGACGGUGGAGAGGAGGCAGUUCAUGAAGGCUUAUGUGGAGAAGGUGUUUCAUGGAAGGGAGGACUUUGACCAGGAAGAGAAGGCUCGUUUUGGAGAGCUGUGCAGUGGAGAGAACGGCAAAGGCCGGGAGUGGUUUGCCAAACACGUCAGCGCUCAGCGCUGCCACUCUAAAUGUGUGAGUGAAGCCACCUUCUACAGACUGGUGCAGUCCUUUGCAGUGGUUCUGUUUGAAUGUUACCAGAUGGAUGACUACAGCCCGGCCAAGAACCUCAUGACGAUGUGCUUCACAUACUACUACAGUGGAAAGUCCCAGCCCUCUCCCUCCGAGCUGCUGGAUCGCGGAGGUCCUCCAGCUGGUCUGGACUCGUACAUCAACAAGGCCAACUCCUGGCUGUCUGUGAAGAAGGGUGCCGCGGAGCGCCUCCUCAAAACCACAUCCAAGACUGACGUCAAAGGCUUCUUUGGAGGCCUAGAGAGCAAGCUGAGGGGCUCGGUGGCUCCCAGGACUGAGGAUGGAGAAAGCCCAGUUGAGCCCAAGUCACCGGUGUGUGAGGCUCCAGAGGAGAAGAAAGGAGAGAAGGUGUACCUGUACACCCACCUGAAGCAGCAACCCAUCUGGCACACGCUGAGAUUUUGGAACGCUGCAUUUUUUGAUGCCGUUCAUUGUGAGAGGAAGAAGAGGUCGCCAACCACAAGGGAGAAGUGGUGUCACAUGACCAAGGAGGAGAGGGACGACAGCUCCAAAAUGGAUGAGAACAUCGCCUUCGGCCAGCUGGGGACAUUCACUCAUAACAUGCUGGCGUUUGGGCUCAGUAAGAAGCUCUGCAAUGACUUCCUGAAGAAGCAGGCAGUCAUUGGGAACCUGCAUGAAGAACAGUACAAGCUGCUGAGUGACCACAUAGAGAAGAUGGCGGCAGAGUGAGUUUCAAAGUCUCCACGUAAAAGGACUGCCAGCACACACACAUCAUCUAUUCCCUUGACUCAACGCCACCGUGACCGAUUCUCCGUUCGACCCAACCUACUGAACUGUGCCAUAGUUGUAGCAAACCCUGUUUAUCCGACGUGUCCCGUACCGGCAAUAAUCCCACAGCUGGUGCACACUGUCGUAUCGGGGACAAAGACUCGAGGCAUAAAGUGAAACCUUCCAGUAUAAAACCGCCUCAGUUGGAUGUCACGCGAUAUACAAACGAUGUGUACAUUAUAUAUCCUCGAUGCUGUUUUGUUCGGCGUUCCCUUGGCAACCCCAUUUGUUACUUGUUAGUGAAGCCCGUCUAACAGCGUCUGGUGAAACACUGUGCUAAGUAUCGUACAUGUGACAUAGAUGUCUGCCUACAGUUAUAGGACAUGAUAACUCAUAGUGUUUUAAUGUGCUGUUCGGGUGAUGUUGAAUACUCGUCUGUGCUCUCUGGAACACUGUAGUAUCUUAUGUGGUAAUACAAAAAAACAUAAGUAACGUAUAACAAUAUCGCUGGCAUUUAAACAGGCGGAAACAAAAUCCAGACUUCUCUUAAAGAAAUAGUUUGCAAGAAAUGCUCUUAUAUUACUUAGCUUAGCUUAGCAUAACGCCUGGAAACAGAAGGAAAGUGCUUGGCUGGCUCCACCCAGAUGUCUCAAAAUCCAUCUUUCUUCUCGUUCUCUCAACCAGAACGAAAAGCAGACAAAUCUUCCUUCUGAUUUCUUACUCAUACCUAUUUCAAUCAUGUUUACUCUGGCACACAUUUACAAUCUGGUAUUCAUUUCAUGUUUUUUAAUCAGACAAUAAUACCCGUGGGAACAUUAGAGACUACUUAUCUAUCCAAAGUGCCUUUUCAUGAAAGUUAAUGUUUGGGUCCUCUGAUGCUGUAACUCUCUAUUGGCCAACCAAACACUAAUGCAGAGCCUGCAAUGAUCGCUCUCUUACUCAUUCCCUGCUAGAUACAAAAAUACAAAAUAACUUUGGCAUGCAGUUCAUUGUAUCGCUUCAGUGACCUCAGUAGUGGUAGUGUAUUUCCUGUUGGUUGCGCUGCCAGAUGCAUAGCUAAGCAUGUUGCCUGGACGACAGGCACAUUAGCUCCUAUCCUGCUGCAUAUGUUUCUAUCAUCUAAUGUCAAAUAAGUGACUGAACUGUGAAGUGACAUUUGCUAAUUGUAUUACUCCAUCCGACCACAGUGGGGCAGUAUCGCGUCUUCAUCCACUGCACUUCUCAUCUAAAUGAGAAGUCGUUCUGUAAAUACUGUACAUAUUCCUCCGUAUGUGCGCUUGUGAAUUGUAUGUCUGUAAUUGUAAAUGUACAAACGAUAGAUGUAACAGUCCCCGUUGUGUCCAUGAGGAACACAAAUGUCUGACUGUCCCUAACCCCAAGUGACUUUUAGUUCUCUCAGGUGGUCCUUUGCAGGCAGCCUUUGAAACCAAACACCCUUCAUUCCCUUCCGUUAUGUUUUCCUGAUGUGACCUUUGACCUCGUUGCCACUGUAACACGUAGUAUAAACCCUUCUGGCGCUUUUGUAUUGUACCUGUUAGCUCAGCAUGAGCCAUUUGCACUACAUGUAGUCUCAGCAUCUCUACACACUGAAUAAUGUUACAGUGAUGCCUUUUAUAUUUGUUCUGCAUGGCCGUAUGUCUCUCUCUCUCUCUCUCUCUCUCUCUCUCUCUCUCUCUCUCUGUGUGUGUUUGCCUGAAUGAAAAGACCAUCUUAACCGUGUUGACUUUGUCCCAAUUCAAGCGAGUGGAGUUUGUUAUUAAAGUAAGUAGUUAUGGGAUUGCCCUUUUGAGGAAUCGUAUGAUGAUGAUGAUGAUGAUGACUGUGGUCUCCAUGUGUCCCGAGUGGCUGGUUAGUGUUGGGCUUCCAUGGUCACAUUUCAGCAGUUCCGUGGCUUUUUAUUCGUCUUUGUUAGAUUACUACUGACUCUGAUGUGAAUGAAACAGACUUCCCAGACAGAACUGCCAUUGACUGAAAAUGAAGUGAGAUAAGCUCCCCUUGGAGUGGCUCCAGAGCCGGGGGCUCUAAAGGAGUGGCACGCAGUGAGGUGUCGAGUGUUGGAGCUAUCAGCUGUAGAGAUGUCUGCCUUCUCUCCAAUAUAAUGGGACUAUAUAGCACCCCAAGCGCCAACAAUGUCAUGAGCCGGUGUACUGUUAGCUGGCAGAGAGACCACGAUGGACUGGGGACAAACAUGGUUAACAUCAACGUGUCAUUACUGCACAGCUGACUGCUGAAACCUGCUCCGGUCUUAGCUGCUCAACGUACCUGUCGACAUGUGUCGAAUCGAGAUGUUAGCCAUUUUAUUGUACUAUGCUUACAUUUGCCUGGACAUGUCAUAAUGUUGAUUCAAGUUGCUGAAACUGUAAUAAAUGUAUUUUUUGAUGUCA